CUUCCGGGAGCGGCGGCGGCCCAGUCCCUCCCUCCGCCUGGCGGGGACCCUGGGCCCGCGGCCCGCACGGAGGCGGGCGGGGAGCAGCUGUUUUCGGGAAGCGAGUCACGUGAGUUCUCUGGGCGUUGUGGCUGGAGACCGAAAGCUGCCUUGAGGCAGGGUCGGAGUUAACCCUCCCAGGGCAGCGCGCCCGGAGCAGAGAGUGAAUUCCUAAGAAGAAAAUAAUGUAUUGCUUAUUACUUGUUCUCUAAUUGUUCGGACUCAGAAGUGUGCAAGUUUGUUACAAACGCCAAAAGAAGAUGGCAACUCCUUACGUUCCAGUUCCUAUGCCCCUAGGGAACUCUGCUUCCAGUUUUGCAACCAACAGAAACCAAAGAAGUUCUUCUUUUGGGAGUAUCUCAACAAGCUCAAACUCUUCCAAAAGCCAGUUAGAAGAUUCAAAUAUGGGUAAUUUUAAACAGACCAGUGUAUCUGACCAAAUGGAAAGCACUUCAUCUGUCUGUAGCAGUCCCCUCAUUAGGACUAAAUUUACAGGUGCAGAUUCUUCCAUUGAGUAUUCUGCUAGACCAAGAGAAAGUGAAGAACAAAGUCCUGAAACAGUGAAUUUGGAAGAUAGACCUUCUACACCUAUUAUCCUGGGUUAUGAGGUGAUGGAAGAAAGAGCUAAAUUUACUGUAUAUAAAAUAUUAGUAAAGAAGACCCCAGAAGAAAGCUGGGUAGUUUUUAGAAGAUACACUGACUUCUCUAGGCUUAAUGAUAAAUUAAAAGAGAUGUUUCCAGGCUUUCGAUUAGCCCUUCCACCAAAACGCUGGUUUAGAGAUAAUUACAAUGCCGACUUUUUAGAAGAUAGGCAAUUAGGAUUACAAGCGUUUCUUCAGAAUUUAGUAGCUCACAAGGACAUUGCUAACUGCCUUGCAGUGAGAGACUUUCUUUGUCUGGAUGAUCCACCAGGUCCAUUUGAUAGCUUAGAAGAAAGCAGGGCUUUCUGUGAAACUUUAGAAGAGACAAACUACCGUUUUCAAAAAGAACUACUUGAAAAACAAAAAGAGUUGGAAUCACUGAAGAAGCUGCUCAGUGAGAAGCAGCUUCUUAUAGACGCUCUAGAAAACAGAGUCAGGACACUAUCUUUGAAACCUGAAGAAUCCCUGCUCACAUCAGGAACAGAAGCUAGACAGAUCCUAAAGGUGGAGCCCUCUGCGCUUGAGGUUGAUCAAGGUGUCCUGGAUGAAGAAUCUAGAGCUGCUAAUAAGCAAUACUCAAGUUUUAGUGAACCUAAAAAUUCCAUAUCAGACAUAGAAGUAGCAGAAGUGGCAUAUAAUGCAGAAGACUAAUGCAACUCCAGCGGUUCCUUCCAUUUUUACGUUCCUGUGAAUUUAGAAUAGAGUGACAAAUAUUUAAAAAGAAGAAAAAGAGACUGAAGCAUCGACAUUAAACUGCCAGAUUACACGUGUAUAAAGUUUACAUAAAGGAAAAUUUAAGUUAUUGGUGUAGGAAAUAUAUUCACUGUUGCUUUAAAUUGUCUUUUAGACAAACUUUGUAUUUAAUACACUAAAAAAAAUCUAGUUAAGACUUCUGUCAUCAAGGCCCACAUCCUUAAAUACUGUACAUAAAUUAUUUUGGUACUUUGCCAAUAUAUUGAUCCAGACUAACAUGGGUGAGCACGCUUUGUGUGUAUGUGUUUAAAUCACCAGUUGUAUUAGUUAAGUGGACAUAAAUUGCAUGUUGCUAUCUGUUGAAUAUAUACUUCCUUGUGUCUCUGACCUGAUAUAUUUUUAUUAAUGGUUUAUUUAAAUGAGUGGUAAAGAUGAGUUUUAAAUAUUGACAUGUUUAUCAUCUCUAAAUGAAAGUUGCUUAUUUGGAAUGUUACUAUUUACAAGAAGAAGAAAACUUUCUAAUACCAAAGCAAAACUCUGAAAGAGCUGUAAUAACAUAGCUAAAGUGAUAAAAUAGCUUUGAUUUGAAAAGCAAAUUCAUUAAUAUCCAAAUACUAUAAUAAGUGUACCAGUGUAUUAUAUGUUGCACUUAUUUAUUUUCCAUGUAAUCUUUAUCUUAAACCUCUACCUAUAGAAUUAAUGGGUUUGCCUUUUUCAGAACACUACCUCUUUUAGCUAAUCAGGGCAUACUCUUUUGAAAACACAGAUUCUAAGCAAAUAGGCAGUUAUACAGAAAAAUAAAAGAGAAAAAGCCAUAUAUCCUGCAGAGUUCCUAUAUCAACUCCUGGCUUUGCGUUUUUAUUUCUGUAUAUGUAAAUAUGUUGCUAUAAUGUAUUGAUGCUGAUUUUCUUAAUAUAUUUAGCUAAGUGAUGCACUUUAUGAUAAUUAAACUCCUUUGUGCCAAGUUUAAUUGGUGAAUUUCUUUAGUAACUGGAGUUAGGAAAAAGAAUUGUAUAGUGCCUUCACUAUUUCACCUUUUACAAAGUCUCCUAGAGUCCUGUGAGUCUGCUUUAUGAAAAAGAUGUUUAUUUCAGCUUUGCAUAUAGUUGUUGAAAGUGCCUUGUUUCGUUUUAUAGUAUGAAGUUACUCAUUUUAUUUUUUAUUUCUACUGUUUUGCAUAUUGUUGUUAAUAAGCAUGGUAAUCAUUCUAGCAUUUUGAAAUUCCAGUUGGUUUAUUGAACUGCAUAUGCUUUCUAAAAACUGAAGGAAACUUACUGGGGAAUUAGAAUAACAAUCUCCAUUUUUUCCCUCCUCUAAAAUUUAUCAGUGUCUUGAUACACAGCAUAUUAAGAUGUGAUUGUUUAAAAUUCAUCUGACAUAGAUAAACAGAUACAAUGGCUGUUGUUAGUCUUUGACCUAAAAAGGAGACUGCUUUUUACCAAAGUACCAAAACUUUUUUAAAGUUUUCAUCAAAAUGGACAGGUAUGCUUUAUCUCAGAAUAUUUUCAACAAAUUUUAUUAGAAAUAUGUUUGCUAUCCUGGGAAACAAAGAGUAUAAUAAAAUGAUCUACUGUUCAUUUCAAAAUGUUUAAAAAGGCUUAAAGAGAACAAUCAUUUAAAUUAAUAUCAUUUUUAGUCUAAUAAAACAUGAUAAUAAAUUCCAGGUAUUAUAGUGCUACAUAUAUGUCUGUUUUAAAGUGAACCAUACACUUUCAAAAUCUGGCCUUUCAGAAGAUUGUAUUUAAAACUUAAAUGGGUGAAGAAAAACUCUUGUUAAUUAGAGAAAUCACUAUUAUUUAUAUAUAUUUAGAAUUUAAUUUUUUUUACUUUUAUGAUGCAUUUUUUCCCAGUAUUAUAUUCAUUUAAUAAAUUAUUUUUUCAGUAAAUAGUAGCUGUCUUGUCAGAUCAUGAAUGCCAUUUUCCCCUCCAGUUUCUGUGUUCUUGUUGUCCCUUACAAUUAUUGUAAACUGAAUUGUAAUGGACUGUAGUGACUAACCCAACUGGUAUUUGCAGUCCUCUUCUUCGCCACCUCCAAAGUAAGAAUUGGGGAAGCUUGUUUUCUCAGCUCCCCUUGCAGCCAGGUUUGAGCCUGUGACAUAUAUAGUCAGUGACACAAAUGGACAUUUUCUGGUUAGCUGCAUCUGCUGCAUUUCACAGAUGGGGACUGAGUCUAUGAUUUUCUUUUUAAGUUUAUAUUACUGAUCAUUUUAAGUCUCUGAAUAGGUGCAGUGCACUUCAAAUGUAACCAAUAUUAGUAAAAAAUUUGAACAUAACUGAAAGAGAAAACAUUCUGUGAAUAGUUUUUUAACCUUUUGAAAAUUAAGUCUAUGUAUAAGAAAUACAACCAUAAAAUUCAGCAUUUAGAAUGUGUUCUAUCUACUAAACUUAGAUUAGCCAUUUAAAGCACAUGUAUUUAGAAAACCAUGGUUGAUCCACAAAUGUUUAUUUAAAGGAAGAAAACAUGGUCCUGAGAUAAAUCAUGUAGUUUACUGCACAUGCCUGUGAGAUUAGAAGGGAACAGUGGCCUCAGGUCUAAGAACAAUUAGUCUGGUUUUGAAAUGGGUUUUUAUUACUUCCAGUGAUAUUAAAACAAGUUUGUAUUCCCAACUAGUAAAGAAAGGAAUCUAAAUUUUCUGGGAGAUUUUCAAAGAGCUACGUAUUUGGUCCACAUUUUGAUUCUUCAUAGAAGUAGCUUUGUUCCGUUGCUGUUUGUUUCUAUGCUGUUGGCUUGUACUGGCAAAAAUGGUCAUCAAAACUUGUAAUUUCAAUACAUGUGUGUUUAAAACUGAUGUCUUCUCUGUCACAUUGUGUACCCUUUAUGAGAACUCAUGGGAGAAAAUUCUCCUAGGUCUCAGUUCCAGUAAACCUGUGCUUCUCCUGAACAA